AUGCUGCUUUCUUCCUGUGUUUGGCUAUUUGCAUUGGUUCCUUUCUUAUCAAGCGUCUCAGCUCUUCCAGCAGCAGGGUCAUCCCCAAUCGAGUUACCGGUGCGCUGGAUGCAACGGAAUGCGAAUGAAGAUAGCGAUGGGAUGAUGCGUGCUGAUAUCCCUAGCGAAAAGUUAUACUUUGAUCAAGAAACCUUGGAGCCUGCUGUUGAAAUUGGGAUUGGUACACCACCCCAAAACUUCUAUCUGAUGUUUGAUACGGGCAGCUCAAUCACGUGGUUCCCUUCUACAUCCUGUGGUUGGCUGAAUGGAUGCAAGUCCAAUAGACAUUUUAAUCCCAAGGAUUCAUCCACCUACAAGAAUCUCCAUUCCCGUUUUUAUGGCGUGUAUGGAUCGUUGACAGCGAAUGGCUACUAUUUCACUGAUACAGUGCAAGUUGGAAGUGUAUCGAUUCCCAAUCAACAACUUGCCGAGAUUUACCAGCAAACAGGCACGUUUGCUGGUCAAAGUAUGGAUGGUAGUUUUACCAUUGAUGGCAUUAUGGGUGCUGGUUUUGGCGAGACAGGGCCCACCAUCCCCAUGGAGCUCUAUAACAAUAAGCUCAUCCCCAAACCAGUGUUUUCAGUAUACAUGGGCAAAUUAGGUGGAAGCUCUGGCUCUGUUAUUUUUGGUGGUGUCCAUGACGACAAAUCACUCAAUGUGACCGAUGUUCGUCAAAUCAAUGAUAAAUGGUAUGCCAAUGCCCGCCAAAUAAGUUUGAAUGGCGACACCAUAGCAACGUACAACAGCAAGGUCAACUGGCUUGUGGAUACUGGUACAAGCACCAGCCGACUUCUUAAGAGCGAAGUUGACAAGAUGACCUCUAAACUUUUUGGGAAUAAUGUCGUAACCAACGGCGCCAUUUACUACGUCAACAAUUGCUCAAAGUAUCUAUCUCAAUCAUGGACCAUCACUUUGACUUUCCCCAACGUGGAUGGUAAUGGAGACUUUGACAUGGAAUUUACCCCACAAGAUGUAUUGUCCAAAGGCCGUAAUGGUUAUUGUAUCUUUGGUUUUGGAGCAUCCAAUCAUCGCGUUUUAGGCAAUUCGGUGUUGCAACGCUAUAUUGCGGCAUUCAACUUUGAUGAAAAGACUGUUGGAUUCACCCUAAAGUAA